ACCCGAGACACGACGCGCUCGAGUGCUAGCGCCCGACGCCAGCUCCUCACGCCUGCAUUGAGUCUAUCAUGUCCACUGCUUGCUUCUUCUAGACGAUCCGCGACUCUCGACUGCCAUGGCCGACGUCAAGCACCACACACCCGGACACCGUCGCAAUGCCUCCUCCAAGUCCAACAUCUUGAGAUCGCUGGUCUCAUCUAAAGGCCGCCCAGCCAGUCCAGAGCAGACCGCCGCCAACGCGAAGCAGGAUGAGAAGUCAUACAGAGGCCCGAUGGGUAGCCGGGGCGUGCUCGGCGAGCGACAAAACAAUGUCCAGUCGCCUCCAUCUUCACCAAGCAAGAAGAAGGACACCUUGGCGAGGAGCAGCAGAGACAAGACGAAGGACAGUCAAGCCAAGCCACAGAAGUCGAAGUCGUCAACAAAUCUCGCCGGGGUCUUUGCGAGGAUGAAUCGAUCAAGCAAAGACCUGUCAAAACAAGUGAAUGUGGAGAAGAACAAGGAGAACACUUCGCCCAUCGAGCACGAGCCCGCGGCACCGACGCCGAUAUGGGCCCAGAUGGCUACCACGAACCACUCGUCCGCCCAGAGGGACCGUCCCAGCACGAGCAGCAAGCCAUCCUCAAACGACCUCUUAGCUGAGAUCGAUCGUUAUACCCCUCAAGUGUACAACGUUAGCAAACAGCGGAACUUCAACGGAACAUUCGAUGAGCCCACCCUACGACCUUCAUUGUCGCAGCAACGACCACAAAGCUAUCAUUCGUCUAACGGAGAAGGUUUGUUGAGCGCAUUGGGCCGCAAGAUGAGUGGAAGCAAGUCAAGCAUGGAGAGUCGAAAGUCGGACGAUUCAAAAAGGAGGAUGCAGAAGGCGCAGGACAACAGAGUCUCUUUUGAUCGGGAGCGCAUUCUGGGACGCUCCGGACCCGAUCGAAAAGUGAGUGACGGCAGCACUGAGAUCCCUGCUGGCAAAGAGAAGAUCAACUUGACGAAGAGGGGCGGGAGAGUGAUGGCUGCUGUGGCUAUGUUCCAGGGUAAGACCAAGGAGAGAUCAUCAAGCAAAGAGAAGGAGAAAGAGGAAGCACCACUAGAUCCGAAGGCAGUCGAUGCGCAGUUCGAGGCAGUGCUAGCCGCUCGCAAUAUUCCAGAGCCCAUGCGACAGAAGAUGCGGAGCUUGACCAUGAGGGUCAAAGCAGACUUCAUUCGGCAGGAUCAAGGUGCUGGUAAGAACAGUAGCCCGCUGGCCACAGUCACCAGCUUGGAGAACACCAGCGCUACUCAUCACAUCACCACUGAGACCAAGGUGCCCAUUAAAGACGAAGAAGACAGCAAGUCAACAAAGCGGUCAAGGACGCGGAGUCGCACGUUCACGUUCUCGCGGGGGAAGAAAGAGCAGAAAGACGAUGGCUCGCCGGCAAAGAAGCCACGCUCGCAGAGUCGCAGCCGCCCUACUUCAAUCAUCAUACCAAGCAACAAUGUUUCCAAGACUUCGCUUACGCCGACGACGCCCACUGGUUCGUAUGGGCGACAACAUGCGAGUUUGGCCGUACCUGGAGACUACAUUGCCUACUUGCGCCAAAACCCAGAUCCCACUAGAGUUGAGGUUGGUCGGCUGCACAAGCUCCGAAUACUGCUUCGCAAUGAGACGGUGUCAUGGGUAGAUGCCUUCAUCACGCAGGAUGGAAUGCACGAGAUUAUUGAGCUCUUGAAGCGCACGAUGGCUAUUGAGUGGCGAGAAGAUCACGAAGACCAGCUUUUGCACGAAUCACUGCUUUGCCUGAAAGGAUUAUGCACAACUGAACGAGCCAUGGUGGAACUGCACAAGUUUGCAGACGAUCUGUUUCCAGCUUUGAUCGCUAUGCUGUUUGACGAUGAGAAGAAAGGCCCGGCAGAAUACACGACUCGGACGAUCAUCUUCAACAUCUUGCUCACUUACCUGUCGUCCGACAUGAACAAGUCCACGGCAGCUUUGGAAGUCAGAGCGCGGAAAAUCCUCAUCUAUCUAGGAGAGCCCGCAAAGUCGGAGAACGAACGUCCAGUGGACUUCGUUCUGGGCAUGCACACUCCUCGACCAUAUAAAUUGUGGUCACGCGAGCUCUCGAACGUCACGCGGGAGGUUUUCUGGAUCUUCUUGCACCAGUUGAACGUGGUGCCACUCCCUAAGCCGAGCAGCUCGCAUUCGCAACAGAAUGGUGUCGACGAAGAAGAACGAAAGAAUAUUCUCGCCAGCACUUACACACAGCGACACUUUCCGGGCUCUCGUCCUCCGGUACCAGCUGCUCCAUACAUUGGAGGCGUUGAAUGGGAUGCUACUACGUACAUAACAGCACAUCUUGACCUUCUCAAUGCAAUCGUCGCAUCGAUCCCGAAUCAACACUCACGAAACGCGCUCCGCGAAGAACUCCAGCAGUCAGGAUUCGAAAAACUCAUGGGCACCGUCCUCCGCACUUGCAAAGAGAAGUUCUACUCGGGCGUGCACGACGGCCUGAAAGCCUGGGUUGCUGCUGCUCACGAAGACGGCUGGGAGACACGCUUCGUCCGCGAAGGACCCUCAGAGGAAGAAAUCGUCGAGCAAGCGAUGAAGGCUCAAAAAUCACCCAAGAAGAGUCCGAAGAAGAAAGCGGACCUGCCACCGCAGCUUGACAAUGCUUUACCGCUGGAGCCCCCGAAGUUAGACCUAGGAUUGGAUCUUAGCCUGACGAAGACGAAUGGAAAGAUUGAUGAUGAUGAUGAUGGGUGGUUGGGUUAGGGACUACGGCCUGUUUACGACUCUCCUCCUCUUUCUCGCUCGCAUUUUCUCUCUGACACGGACGAACGAAAACAUAAAAUCAAUGAAUCGCAACCACAGAAUCAUGUUGGACGUUAAUGAAUCAAAAAGCAUACAGUAACGAAAACCUUUGGAAAUUGGCAUGGACAUGGGGACCACUGUCAUUCAUUACGCACUCUGGGUUUCUGGUCGUAAUUGAUGCGGCGAUCGGGCUCUUUUCGUACUUUCUCUCUCAUGGCAUCGGCGUUGGUGGUUUGAGGGGAGCAUGGAUGAAGGCGAAAUACACAGUAACGAACUUUGGUAAAACUGCGAUCGAUAUUGUUCAAUCGAGCCACACUCAUA